CCCGCGCGAAGUUGUUGUGCAGGCACAUGUCACAUGAUCGGUUUGCGAAUUUGUUUACGUUAUUUCCCGGUUGUUAGUGAGAUUAAUAUAAAUAUAAAUUAUAGAUAUUAAUCGAAGUGAAAAUGGAUGGUAUUGAUAGAGAUCAAAGACUUGAAGAAAUACAAAGAGAAUAUGUUGAUUUUUUGGAUGAUAUGGAGGAUCAAGGCAUCUAUAGUACUCUUGUUAAGAAUAUGAUUGAAGAGGGAAAACGCCGAUUAUAUGUAAAUAUUAACGAUUUGAGAAGAAAGAAUCCUGUUCGUACAACAAAUUUGCUAAAUAACUCUUUCGAAGAACACCUGGCUUUUCAAAAUGCACUGAAACAAUUUAUUGGAAGUAUAGAUACUGAUUAUGCGAAAGGAAAUGUAGAUUUUUUCAUAGCUUUUGAAGGAAGUUUUGGAAGUAAGCAUGUAACACCAAGAACACUUACCUCACGUUUUUUGGGCAACUUGGUAUGUGUGGAAGGUAUUGUUACUAAAUGUUCCUUAGUACGGCCAAAGGUUGUUAGAAGCGUUCACUAUUGCAAUGAAACAAAGACAGUAAUGGAAAGAGCUUACACUGAUUUAACUUCUUUUGAUGCAUUCCCACAAUCUGCUGUGUAUCCCACUCAAGAUGAAGAUGGUAAUCCUCUAGAAACAGAAUUUGGCCUUUCUACUUAUAAAGAUCAUCAAACGCUCACUAUACAAGAGAUGCCCGAAAAAGCACCAACUGGUCAGUUACCAAGAAGUGUUGAUGUUAUAUGUGAUAAUGAUUUGGUGGACGUCUGCAAACCAGGAGAUAGAGUUCAAGUUGUAGGAAGCUUUAGAUGUUUACCUGGUAAACAAGGAGCAUAUACAACAGGCACCUUUAGAACAAUUUUAAUUGCUAACAAUAUCAUGCAAUUGAGCAAAGAAGCUAAUCUAUCUAUUUCCCAUGAUGAUGUUGCUAUCUGUAAAAAGCUAGCCAAGAAUAAUCCAUGUAAGGAUAUUUUUGAACUACUUAGUAAGUCACUGGCUCCUUCCAUUCAUGGACAUGAUUACGUGAAAAAGGCAAUAUUAUGUUUAUUACUUGGCGGUGUCGAAAAAUUGUUACCCAAUGGUACAAGAUUAAGAGGAGAUAUUAAUGUUAUGCUCAUUGGUGAUCCAUCGGUGGCAAAAUCACAACUUCUUCGAUAUGUUUUAUGUACUGCACCGCGAGCAAUACCAACUACUGGAAGAGGAUCAUCCGGUGUAGGUUUAACAGCUGCUGUAACUAUAGAUACUGAAACUGGCGAACGUAGAUUGGAAGCCGGUGCUAUGGUGUUGGCGGAUCGUGGAAUCAUUUGCAUAGACGAGUUCGAUAAAAUGUCUGAUAUCGACAGAACAGCCAUACACGAAGUUAUGGAACAAGGAAAGGUAACGAUCGCUAAAGCUGGGAUACAUGCUAGCUUGAAUGCAAGAUGUUCGGUGCUGGCUGCUGCAAAUCCAGUUUAUGGAAGAUAUGAUCAAUAUAAAACACCUAUGGAAAACAUUGGACUCCAAGAUUCAUUGCUCUCACGUUUUGACUUGUUGUUCGUCAUAUUAGACAUAGUGGAUCCUGAACAAGAUCAAAUUAUCAGUGACCACGUUGUGAGAAUGCACAGAUACAGAAGUCCGAUGGAACAAGAUGGUGAAGCAUUGCCUAUGGGCAGUAAAAUAGACAUACUGACUACUAAAAAUCCUGAUGAGAUUCUUCCUGAAGGAGGCGAGAUUCAGGUUUAUCAGAAAUAUGACCCUCUAUUACAUGGGCGUCUGCGUGCAAAAAGUGACCAGAUUCUUUCUAUAAACUUUAUGAGAAAAUACAUUCAUAUAGCUCGGUGUAUGAAACCCAAACUCACCGAAGAAGCUAGCAAAGCAAUAGCUACUGAGUAUUCAAAACUUAGGUCUGAAGAAUCAGUAGAAUCCGACGUAGCAAGGACUCAACCCGUAACUGCUCGUACUUUGGAAACGAUGAUUCGAUUGUCCACAGCGCACGCGAAAGCUCGUUUGUCGAAAAACGUGACAGCCGAAGAUGCGCACGCUGCAAUAGAAUUGAUAGAAUUCGCCUACUUUAAACGAGUUUUAGAGAAAGAGAAGAAGAAACGGAGACGAGAAGACAGCGAAGGAAGUGCACAGGAGGAUGAGCCAGAGGAGAGGACAAGGAAAAAACGUACUAGAAGAACGACCACCAAUGGUGAAGAAGACCCUUAUGAUUUUGAAAGUGACGAUGACAGUCACACUGAUAAACAGUCGAGUAGGAUGACUAGGUCGCAGCGAAAAAGUCCUAGCAAGUCCGAAAGUACAUCACAAGACUCUGGAAAGACCGCAGCUUCAGAAACUCCUGCAAAAAUUACCGAAGAAAGACUAAAAGUGUUCAGAACACUUCUUCACAAGUUGUUUCAACAACAAAGAGCGCAAUCGCUCCCAUUGUCAAGAGUACGAGAAUACAUCAACAGUGAACAGUCUGAAGAGUUUACAUCAGGUGAAAUUACUGCGGCAAUUAAUAAAAUGUCCGACGCUAAUCAAAUAAUGGCUGCUGACGACAAUAUCUUUCUCAUGUAAACUAUGUUUAUUGUGUAAGUCAUUCCUUUUAUAUUUUUAUACUUUUAACGCUUUUUAAGUUAUUCAAGUUUUUAUGAAACACAGGUGUCGUCGAGUAUUUUACAUUAUCACGCAAACAUUUGAUUUAUUUUCUUGUUGAAUUAAAAAACAAGUUACGAAUGAUUGUAUCUAUCAACAUUUAUUAUCGUUCCGUUGUUACAGUACAGCACAUUGGCACAUAAACUAGCAACAGUGAUCAACAUUCAUUACAAUACUGUAAACAAUAUUAUUUUAUACCUCUAAGUCCUUCUGUUAUUUUUAUAUAUAUAUAUAUAUAUAUAUAAAAUCAACUCAUAUCACAUAGAUAAUAUAAAUAGUUGUGCUGUCUCAUUUGAAUAUACAUAUCUAAUGUU